UAUGUACUCGAAAAACCUCGUAAAUUAUGAAACGCAAUUAUUUUGAAUGUAGAAUUUCACUGAGAAAAACAUUUUGGAUUUGUUUUUCAUUUUUCCAGUCCUUUAUCUUGACUGAUCGCAUUACGAAUGUCUACUGUGUAUAUUCUAUUAUAAUACAUCUAUUAUAAAAUGGACAACGAUUUAUUUGUACCGAUGACGCCACCGAAUCAUUUUGUCAAGGAACUCCGUGGAGUUUUGGAUCAACAGAACAUAUUGUCGGCCAAAACUAAACAGAAAGUACUACGGGAUUUAGACCAACACAUAUGUGAUGAUGAUGAGAAACGGGCUGCCAAGUUGAGAACUAGAGCAAUUCAAGAGAUAUGUGUGUCAGAAACUAAUUAUAUUCAUCAGUUGGACAAAUUAAUCACGUAUUUUAAACGCCCAAUGGAAGAGCAGAAACUUGCUUCUAGUCAAGUUCUUAACAAACUAUUUGGUAAUGUUGAGACCAUACUAAAUGUAAAUAAAGAACUUCUUGUACAAUUACAUCCAGCUAAAGAAAAUAUUGGAGAAGUAUUUUUGAGUACAGCACCAUUUCUUAAACUUUAUUCGGUGUAUGCGUUCAACUAUAAAAAUGUAUUAGAAACACUUCAAGACUUGCCAAAAUCCCAUCCUAAGCUUUAUCGCUUUGUUUGUGUACAAGAAUCUAGACCAGAUGUAUCUGCAAAGUUGAAUUCACUUUUGAUAACUCCAAUUCAAAGAAUUCCACGUUAUUUAUUGUUAUUACGUGAACUUUUGAAUUAUACUCCUACUGAACAUAAAAGUUAUGAAGAAAUUAAAGCCGCCACUGAACAAAUAAGUAAAGUUGCAGAUCAUAUUAAUAACUUAGUACAAGAACAAGAAAAUAUGUCCAGAUUAGUGAGUAUUCAACGCAGCCUAUCUGGCUGUGGAAAAGUAAAUAUUGUACUGCCAGGGCGUAAAUUGAUUAAAGAAGGACCUCUUAUGAAAGUGUCACCUGAGGGCAGUACAUCUAUUCCACGGUACUUGAUAUUGCUUAGUGAUAUGAUUCUAUAUUGUAAAGAGUGGGUGGAUCCAGAAAAGUUAGUUUGCCUUAGAGUAUUACCAUUAAAUAAGUGUGAGGCUAAAUCAAUUAUGUACAAAAGAGGAUUAUUUUCAAUAAGUUGUCAAUCUGUAGAGUUUGUGUUCUACACUAUGGAUGCACCUCAUGCUACAUGUUCUUGGGUAGAAAUGUUGCAGCUAGCUAUUGACAAGUGCAAAGCCAACUCUUUAAUGCCUGUAAAGAGAUGUGGUCCUUUGAAAUUGGUCAAAAGAAAAAAGGAAAAUGACUUAAAUAAAUAUGAAGAAAAUGGGUUUUCAAGUCCAACUAAAAAAGUAAAAUCAUUAAAUAAUCAAAAGGAUACAGAAGUUGCAAGAACCAACCAGAAUACAUCUUACAUGACUUCAGCUAGAAAUCUAGUAUUCAGUUUUGGAUCGACAUUAAAAAAAUUAGUUGGAAGAAAUUCAGUUUAGAAAAACAGAAAACAAUAAUUUUUUUGUAUGUUCCAUUGAUUUUUGAUCUCAGUUUUAUUGUUCAUUUUUGUAUAGAUGUAAGUUAUAACAAUUAAUUAAUUUUUGAAUAAUAUUUCUAAUGUUGUUCUUAAGUAUGUAUUAUUUUUAUUUAACAUUAAUAUGUUCUUAGUAAUUAUUGUACAUUAAUUACAAGUUGUAAAACGUAGACUAUCUUUUAUAGCUUGAAUUAGUUAAUUUUUUUUACUGAGAAAUAUAAGACAAUUUUUUUUUAAACAAA